AAUAUUUUAUUAUGGGCUUGCACGUUUUCUGGCCUGCUACGGCCUGCCUGACUCUCUUUGUAGUUUGCAUUAUAAUCGUGAUGCUGAAGUAUGGCGCACGUCUCUGCAAAUUACGACACGAGCCAUUGCCAUCUGAUCAAGAAUGGGAAGGCAAAGCGUAUUCCAGAAAACUAUCUCUCUCCAUGGCGUGAAAACGGAUAUUACCGUUUCGAAAAUGUACUCGUAUCGCACAGCUCUUUCAUUUAAAAAUAUAUAAAUGAAAUUGCCGAUUAGUACUUUUGCUGUAAACGUAAAUUGAACGUAAAUAACUUUCCAAACUAUUUAUAACUGCUUUUUCUCUGUGACACACAUUUCAUAUAUAGACACAAUAUUGCGUAUACACAAUAUUGGUCGUAUAAGUUAAAUGAUUAUAUCCGUCCAUUUAUUAUGUAUUUGUACUAAUAUAUUUUUUA